AUGAGUUACUUCCUAUCUUACUGUAAGGCUCAUGGCGGCGCACUGCUCACCGGCUAUCAGGCCCUGCGCGCCGAGGGCUUCCUGUGCGACGUGACUCUGGAGGCCGAGGGCAGCGAGUUCCCGGCGCAUAGGUCGCUGCUCGCGUGUUCCAGCGACUACUUCAGGGCUCUGUUCAAGAGCCACACCCGGGAAUCCAGGGCCAGCGUGAUCCACCUACACGUGCCGUCGGCGGCCGGCCUGCAGCGCUUGCUGGACUUCAUUUACACCGCCUGGCUGCCGCUGUCCAUGGACACGGUGGAAGACACGCUGGAGGCCGCCAGCUACCUGCAGGUGACCGAGGCGCUGGGGCUGUGCGGCCGCUACCUGGAGCGCCAGCUGGCUCCGGAGAACUGCUGCUUUGCAGCCAACGUGGCGGCGCGCUUCGGCCUGGCGCACACGUUGGGCGCCGCGGAGAGCUGCAUCGUGCGCCACCUGCGGGAGCUGCUGCUGCGGGGCGCGGGCCCCAUGGGGCUGCUGGAGCUGAACCCCACGUCGCUCAAGGCUGUGUUGGGUGCCCCCGACUUGGCGCGGGUGCCUGAGGCCUGGCUGCUGGGUCUGGCACUGGCCUGGCUGAAGCGGGAGCCUGAGGCCGAACGCCUGGCCCACUGCGUCUCGCUGCUCGAGCGCGUUCGCUUCGGCCUAGUACGUGCCGACGUGCUGCGGCGCGUGUACUCGGGCUCUGGCCUCGCCCUGCCCGCCCGCGUCAAGGGCCUCAUCAUCCAGGCCCUCAACUACCACACGGCGCCCUCCCGCCAGCCGCUCUUGCAGGGCGAGCAGACCAGCGUCCGGAGUCCCCAAACCCGCAUCUUGUUGGUAGGGGGGCGCAGAGCGCGGGAGGCGGUGACCGAGGAGGUCGUGGUCCGCCAGGUGGUAGCCAGGGGCAGAGGCGCUGCUCCGCCGGAGGAGGAGGACGACGACGAGCAGUCGGAAGAGGAGGAGGAGGAGGAGGAUUGGGAGUUCACCCAGGACGUGGUGGCCUUCGACGUGUACAACCACCGCUGGCGCAGCCUCACGCGGCUGCCUGCACCGCUGGUGGGGCACAGCGUGUGCACCGCAGGCAACUUCCUCUUCGUCCUGGGCCGGGAGAGCCCUGAUGGCGCCUCCUCACCCCUGGCAGACGGCGUGCGGCCGGUCACGGCCGAAGUGCACCGUUACGACCCGCGCUUCCACGCCUGGACGGCGGUGCCCGCUAUGCGGGAAGCGCGGGCCCAUUUCUGGUGCGGCGCGGUGGGCGAGGGGCUCCUGGCUGUCGGGGGUCUGGGCGCGGACGGCCAGGCGCUGGCGUCCGUAGAGAUGUAUGACCUGCGCCGGGACCGCUGGACGGCGGCCGGGGCGCUGCCCCGGGCGCUGCACGGCCACGCGGGGGCCGUCGCGGACCGUGGCGUCGUGUACAUCUCUGGGGGUAAGGCGGGAAGAGGCGAGGGCGGCGCGAGCAGCCUCCGGGACGUGUACUCCCUGGGCCCUGGGGAGCGAGCGUGGAGCGAGAGGGCGCCCAUGAGCACCGCCCGCUUCGGGCACCACAUGGCUGUGCUGCGCGGCGCGGUGUUCGCCUUUCUGGGGCGCUAUGAGCCCUUCUCUGAGAUCGAACGCUACGACCCCGGCACGGACCAGUGGACUCGGCUGCGGCCGCUACCCUAUGAUCGCUUCUGCUAUGGGCUGGCCGUGGUGGAGGAGACGGCUCUGCUGCUGGGCGGCCUCAAGUGGCGAGACUCGCGGCAGGUGCCUACUCGCAACGUGGUGGGCUAUGACCUCGACCUGGACCGCUGGGAGGACAUCGGGUGCGCGCUACCCUGGGCCUGGAGCGGCCUGCAGUGCGCAGUGCUGCAGCUGGCUGAGGGUGGGGAUGAGGAGAAGGAGGGAGGGCUCGGAGAGACGCCGGAUUUAGUGCGGAGCUUGAUGGGUUAGUGCAGUCUUGGGACGACAGAGGAGAAAAAGUCGCGCUUGAGCGGGCUUAUUUAUUACAGAGUAACGCGUGGGCUUUUCCUAAGAAUGGGACUCUGGGAGCAGAGCGGCUGCUCAAGUUUAAGGAUGCAAACAAGGGCUUGGUCGAGGAGGAACAAUGCCCCUGAAGUUGAGAAUGGGGAGACAGAAGGGGUCAAAAUAGGAUAUAUGCAUCGGCUUCAGUGAGCUGGGGAUUUCUAGGAAGACUCAUGCCGGUCUAGAGAUGGACUUUUGAAAAUAAAAUAUG